CUUCUUCUUCCUCCAGCAGUGCCACGUCUGCGUUCCUUCCUGAAAAAUAGGGAACUCGUUUAGUGAUCUCAUACAAGUUUUUAUAUCAUUACAUUAGAAAAUAACAAGUUCACUAUAUAGUGGUCGAGUUUACUGUCUCUUUUCCUCUGUGUUGUAGGCAGUAAACCUUUGUAAUAAUUUUUGAAGCAGACACUGUAAGUUUAACUUACAAGUGUAGCUGGAAUGAAGCACUUUUGAAAACCCAUGAGUUUGCUGAUAAAUUGUAAAUUUCACUGCUUAUAUAGUUAUAUGAGACAAUUUCCAGUCAUGGAAUGACCUUGGAUGAACGAUAAUGUGCAAUCACUGCCAUGUCAGUGUCUAUACAAACGUCGGGAGUUAGUGUUAAAGGUUAGGAUUUAGGGUUAGGUUACAAGUAUAAUUUGGGUGUGGGAUCAAACUAAGACUAAUUUAAUGGCUACUAUUGUUUAUCUUUAUCACAUUUGACUUACAGAUUAGCAGCUACUUAAUUGCGUUUAUUAAAUUAUCUGGAAUAAGUGAAUUUAAAACCUCAAAUUUGUUAAUUUAUUGUGAUUGUGAAUGUUAUGGACGUGAUGUAAUGUAUUUAACGGAACAGUUGUCUGACUUGAUGAAUAAAUCUGACAUGAGAUGACAAUUCAGAAGCCGAAAUUCUAACUCUUUCUUAAUACUAGCACUUGCGCGUUGAUAUAGUACAAUUCUUAACUUUUGAGUUUUUUUUUUAAUUCUUACUUGUGUCCUAAAGUUUCAAGUAUCUGUUGUUUAGUCAUUGUAUGUUCUCUCUUCUUUUGAAGGUGAAGAAUUAUCAAUAACAUAACAUUAACUGAUGUUGAAAUGUCUAGAUCAACACUACCAGUUGAUGUAUUCUUUAAAAACUUUCGAUUUCUGAAGAAAACUGUUGUUGUGAAAAAUGAUGACUAUAAUGCUGCAUAUAAAGCUCUAUCAAAAAUACUGACUGUAGAUAAAGUUAAGAAUACAAUCAGAGCUCAAGAAUAUUAUGAAAGACCUACAGUAUGGAGACGAAGAAUAAUGUAUGAACGUUGUAAACGUAUAUACGAUUCGGAAAUGGCUAGAAAAAUUUCACUGGUAGUACGUACAAAUAGAAUAGAUCCAUGGCCACGUUAAGAGACCUAUAUAAGAAAAAAGAAUUGUAUUAAAACAUUUUCAUUUAUGUACAGAUGUACAGUAGUUAGUUAUGUAAUAUUAAUCUAUGAUAUUUGUACGUA